AUGCACAAUAUUAUAUCUAUCUAUCUAUCUAUCUAUCUAUCUAUCUAUCUAUCUAUCUAUCUAUCUAUCUAUCUAUCAUUCUCUGUUCCUAUCUAUCUAUCUAUAAAUCUAUCUAUCAUUCUCUCUAUCAUUCUCUGUUCUUAUCUAUCUAUCUAUCUAUCUAUCUAUCUAUCUAUCUAUCUAUCAUUCUCUGUUCCUUUCUAUCUAUCUAUAAAUCUAUCUAUCAUUCUCUCUAUCGAUCGAUAUAUCGAUCUUUCAUUCCCUGUUCAUAUCUAUCUAUCUAUAAUUCUCUCAUAUCAUCUAUCUAUCUAUCUAUCUAUCUAUCUAUCUAUCUAUCAUUCCCUGUUCAUACCUAUCUAUAAUUCUCUGUUCAUAUCUAUCUAUCUAUCUAUCUAUCUAUCUAUCUAUCUAUCUAUCUAUCUAUCUUACGUGUGGAACUCUGUCUUUCUGCCUCCUGCUUCUCUCUCUCUCUCUCUCUCUCUCUCUCUCUCUCUCUCUCUCUCUCUCUGCCUUGAUUCAACGUUCUAUCUUUCCUCGCUUUCUUUUCCUAUAAGCUGUCAUCUGUCUCUCUUUCAUCCCCAUGUAGCGGCUAUCCGCAUACGUCGUAGUUUAUUUUCCAAAAUUCAACGUUUCUCUCGCGUCCCACGCGCUUGCGUUCGGUCAUCCGUUCGAUGUUCGAAGAAAGACUUUUCUUUUUUUUUUUUUUUUUGCAUAGUCAACCAAAACUUUUGCGUUCAUAGCAAACGGGUCCAUCUAUUCCAUUCGGAGAUAAAUUCUCCUUCUCGUAUUUUCACGAAAACGUCCUUUCAGCCCUGA